AUGAACGCCUGGCUCCACGAUACGCCGCCCGCCAUUCCAUCGCCCCUUGACCCCGGCGCAGGCAACCCCAACGUCAAUGGCCAUGGAAACGGGACCGCGUUCGCCAACCCUCCCCAUCCUCCUCCACCCGCGCCGGCCACCAUAGAUCCCGCCAUGGCCUUUCUGCAGCCUCAAUCGCAGCAGCAGCAACAGCAGCAGCAACAACAACAACAACAACAGCCGCCCCAGUCUCAGCCGCAGUCUCAAUCUCCCGCGCCGUCGGACACACCCCAGUUCACGCGCAUGUUCAAUGGUGCAACUCCCUCGCCGGCAUCGCGCAUGUCUCCUGGAUUCCACCCGCCAAACUCUGUCGUCCCGUCGAAACGAUCGCGACCAGAUGACGGCUUUCUCGUCUCGUCUCCUCGUCAGGUACCAGGAGGGAUUCCUCCGACCGCCGUCUCGCGCUCCCAGACACCGCAACAUGGCGCUUAUCCAGGCUAUCAACAACCACAGCAGCAACAACAACCACAACAGCAGCAGCAGCAGCAAACUCCCGUAGGCGGCGGAGCGGCUGUUAUUAAUGCCAACGGAGCUUCUCAUUUUCCUCCCGCGCCUGGUGCGGCUCCCGGUGGCCCUGCUCCUGCUUUUCACCCGGGUUUUCAGCAGGCGGCCUCUUCGACAGCUAGCCCGUCUCCAGUGCCGCAGGAGUUUGAUGCGCAGAGAGUACAAACUACCUCUCCUUCCCCUUUCCCCAAUGCUGCCGUGCAGCCCGGCCAGCCUUCGUCUGACCACGGAAGCCGUGUUGCCACCCCUCAGGCUCCCACCUCCUACCCUCCAGGCCCGCCUUACCCAGGUCAAGUCCAACAGAAUCCAAACCAGAACCCAGCUAUGAUGCCUGGAUAUCCUUCGCAUGCUCAACAGAUGGCUGCGCGUCAGCAGAUGUAUCAGAUGCACAUGGCUAACCAGGUGCGCCAGCAACAGCAACAACAAGUACAACAACAGCAACAGCAACAGCAACAACAGGUGCCACCCGCAAUGCCAGGCCAGCCAAUGUCGAGCCAGCAGCAGAGCCAGAUGGCUGCUAUGCGCCACAUACAACAACAGCAGGCACAACAACAGGCACAACAGCAUGCCGUACAGCAACAGGCCGUUCAAGCUGCCCAGCAACAGGCCCAGGUUGUAGCUCAACAACAAGCUCAGGCCCAGGCCCAGGCCCAGGCUCAAGCACAGGCUAUGGCAAAACCUACCACACCAGAAGGAUUCCUUCGCGUGCUGCAGAAAUUUAUGAUUCCUCGACGACUACCACUUGAUCCCUCUCCUCUCGUAUGCGGACGGCCCAUUGUCCUUAUGCAGCUCUAUGCCACUGUCAUGAAGCUAGGUGGUUCCCAAAAGGUUACCAAUUCUAAUUCAUGGCCAGUCGUCGCUCAACAACUGCAUUUUCCCGCCAUGCAGUAUCCCACAGCUGCACGGGAGAUACGGGAUCACUAUUACCGUAACCUUGCCGCUUACGAACAGGCCUGGCUUUCUACACAUCAGAAACCAGGCGACCAGUCACAACCGCAGCCGCAGAUGCAAAUGCCGAUGCAGCCUCAGAAUGACAUGAUGUCUCCCGUCAAGCCAAUGAAUAGCCAUUUUGACCCUCAGGUCCAAGCACAAGCGCCAGCACAGGGGUUCAUGCAACCGUCGAUGCAGCAGCAGCCACCUCAAGUCAUGAACGGUUACUCAACACCCAGCAAGCCCAAGCUACAGCAACACUCUGGCUUGAGUCACGCAGAGUCUCUGUCCAUGUCUCCCAAUGGCCAGAGCAUAGCCUCUCCCUCUGUGAAAGAAGAUGCUUUUGCUCCACCAACAUAUACUUUCAAGCAACCAAUACCGGAAGAGUAUACACCUCUAACCUUCCCUGAGCCAGUUUUCCAUGGUCCUGUCAUCGUCGAUGAGCUAUUCCCUCUGGGUGAUGAUCUACUUCGUCUCAAGCCCACCGUUCCUCGAUUUCAUGAGUUGGGCGUAAUCGACAUCCAUGCUUUAACGAUGAGCCUCAAAUCUGGACUCAUCUCUGAAACUCGUCUGGCCCUAGACACGUUAACCACCCUGUCCGCUGAACCAGCGGUCCAUCUCUCUCUCGAAAACUGCGAUGAUCUGCUUCCAACUCUGCUAGAUACAGCAACAGACCACCUUGAACUGCUCGCAGAACAUUCACCGGAAGUAUCCGAUGAGAUACAGCUGGCUUCGUACGAGGAACUACUGCGCGGAUGCCGCCAGGAGAUCGAGUCGUUGCUUGAUGUUCCACCCUUUGGCAGUUUAGAACACUCCCUCGAUCGAGCGGUCGACCGUCUCAUCUGUAUUACCACCAUAUUGCGCAAUUUCAGCUUCUCGGAAUCAAAUUUCCCUCUCCUCUCUGCCCCAAGCGUUGUCCGUUUCCUUGCUCUUGCCAUUCGAUAUAUGGGCACUAGGCAUCUUUUCCUUCGCACGCAUCAGAAUACCCUAGACUUCAUGAAAGACGUUCUCAUCUUCCUCAGCAACCUCGCCCACGCCAUACAUAUACCAGGAAAGGAUGAGGCCCUGGCGCUGCUAUAUUUCCUCCUUUCAUUCGCGCCCUUAACUACCCCACCAACAUCAGACGACGAACCUCUCAUCUUCCCUAGUUACCAGCCAAGCAUCCAUCGCUAUCUGCCAGCAGCAGUCGACAGUUUAGCUAAGCUGUUAGCCCGUGAUGACCCCAACCGUACCCUCUACAAGGCUAUCUUCUCCGACCCCUCUGUCAAUGCAUCAACGGCUGGCGCGCAUAUCUCAACGUAUCUCCUAACGCGUGCAUUCUCACUUGCGAUCUCCAUAAUACCGGAGUAUUCAAAGGGGAACGUCUUACCUAUAACGGAAGCUCGCAAGCCGUUCCUCAUGCAAGGUCUCCUAGCUGCGGAGGUACUAUCGUCUCUCGCCGAUGCUUCAUUUGCUCGUGCUUGGCUAGGUUCCCACGACGGAUUUGCCAUUAGUCUUGUUCACCUUGCUGGCCUAUUAUGUACAGAAAGGCCUCGUCAGUCUAUUCCCCAACAUCCCAAUGCUAUUGGUGCUAGACAGGAUGAUGCACAAGGUUACUAUACCAUUGUGUCUCGUGCACUCGGUAUACUCAACAGACUUGCCUCAAAAGUACGGAAGGCAAAUAAAGGCAAGCAGGGCGGUAUAGACUUGGGGCUCAACGUCCUGCCUAAGAAGGAGAAUAUACUAGGUGCAUUGGUUUCAAGAGCCAUCGACCCAAGCACGCUCAAAUUGCUUUGCGAAUUCGAAGGGCUAUCGAGAUAA